AUGGAUAGCCCACACCUUUAUUGGUGUUCUGUGAUUCUCAUCAUUCUUCUACCAUUACUCUGGUUCCAAUGGAAGAGUAAAAGGGCGCCAGCUCUUCCACUUCCACCUGGACCUACUGCUUGGCAUAUUGUACGAAACCUUUUUCAGCUGGCCAAAAGGCCCCAUGAGUCUCUCUGUAAGUUUUCUCAGAAAUACGGACCGCUCAUGAGUUUCCGUCUGGCCAUGAGAAGAAUAGUGGUGGCCUCGACUCCUGCCAUGGCGAAGGAGAUUCUCAAAACCCACGACCAUAUCUUUGUUGGGCGGACAGUCAUAGAAGCAACCAAAGUCUUUUCCCACCACAAGUCUUCCUUAGUGUGGGGUGAGCAUGGACCUCACUGGCGGUAUCUCAGACGAAUUACAACUGUUGAACUUUUCAGCCCACAAAGACUAGAAGCUCAAGAACAUCUCAGAAGAGGCGAGGUAUUUCACACAGUUCGGCUGAUUUUUGAGAGCAAGGGAAAGGCUGUAAAUAUUGAGCAAAUGGCGUUCUUCAACAUUAUGAAUGUGUUAGGCAAGAUGAUCUUCGGCACAAGCUUGAUCGAUCCAUUUAAUCCAGCUUCUGUGGGGCUCAAGGAUACCAUUGGGAAGACGGUGAAGCUUCUUGGAACAGCCAAUUUGUCGGACUUUUAUCCUCUGUUUAGAUUGGUGGAUCCUCAGAGUGUGUGCCGUCAGAUGGCAAAGCAUAUGAAGAGGUUACAUGACUUCAUUGAUUUGUUCAUACAAGAUAGGAUUGCCACCAAAAACAUCAAGCGUCAGCAGAAUGACUCCCACAAAGAUUUUCUCGACGUUCUUCUCGAUAUGAGAACCGAGGAUUUCACUCUCUUUGAUGUUAGAGCCUUGAUUUUUGAACUGCUUAUUGCCGGUACUGAUUCAACUACCACUACGAUCGAAUGGGUAAUGACAGAACUCAUUCGCCAUCCGGAGAAAAUGAAGCGAGUGCAGCAAGAGUUAGAUGGGGUAGUUGGUCUCGUGCGAAAAGUGGAAGCAUAUGAUAUAAAUCGGUUUUCGUAUCUCAAUGCAGUGGUGAAAGAAACAUUCCGAUUGCACCCGACAGUUCCUCUGCUCCUGCCCCUCAAAGCUGGGAAAGAUUGUGAAAUUGAGGGAUAUAUGAUACCCAAAGACGCUCACGUUUUGGUGAAUUUGUGGGCAAUAGGAAGGGACCCUGCGACCUGGAAGGAGCCCCUUGAGUUUAUGCCGGAGAGGUUUUUGGAAGGUGAGAAUAGUGAGAUAGACUACAGGAGACAUAAUUUUGAGCUGAUUCCAUUUGGAGCUGGACGAAGACUAUGCGUGGGACAUCCUUUCGCGAUGCGUAUGCUUCAUCUGGUUUUGGCUUCCUUCAUUCAUUCGUUUGAAUGGACAUUUCCCCAUGGAAUGAGUCGCGAGCAGAUGGACAUGAGGGACGAGUUUGGACUCGUAUUAAAGAAAGCUUCAAAGUUGAUUGCGAUCCCCAAACCCCGUCUCCCACACCACAUUUACUAG